UUUUUCUCUCUCUUUCUCCCUUUCUUUCUUUCUUUUUUUCUUUCUUUUUUUCUUUCUUUCUCUCUUCCCACUAGGAUUAUCAGUGAGGCUUGAGGCUUGGUACCAGCACAAAGACCCCACUCCUUCCAGCAGUAGACUUCUUCUUCCUUUUAAUUUUUCUUUCUUUUUAUUACAGAAACAAGAAAAAAUAGAAAGAGAGAAGAAGACAAAGAGAGCCACCUCCACAGCCCUGCUCCACUGCACGCAACGCCUUUCCAUUGCAGGUGGGAACCAGGUCCUCACUCAGGACUAUGCUGAGAAGAAGAACACCAUAGCAAAAGCUCUGGAAGAUCUGAAGGCCAAUUUUUACUGUGAACUAUGUGACAAACAGUACUAUAAACAUCAGGAGUUUGACAAUCACAUUAAUUCCUAUGACCAUGCUCACAAACAGAGACUCAAAGAACUGAAACAAAGAGAAUUUGCUCGAAAUGUAGCAUCCAAAUCCAGGAAAGAUGAAAGAAAACAGGAAAAGGCACUUCAGCGCCUGCACAAGUUGGCUGAGCUAAGGAAAGAAGCUGUCAGUGCUCCUGGAAGUGGUCCCAUGUUCAAGUCAACAACUGUUACUGUGAAGGAAAAUUGCAAUGAAAUUUCCCAAAGUGUUGUUGUGGAUUCAGUUAAUAACAAAGAAGACAUCAAAAACACUUUGAUUCAUAGUGAAGAGAAUGCUAAAGAUGUCACCACUGUUGCUGCAGAUAUACAAAGCACAAAUAAUUAUGCUGCAAAAAAUAACCAACUUGGAGAUCAAGGCCAGGGAAUUCACAGACACAAAAUUGGCUUUUCUUUUGCAUUUCCAAAGAAAGCAUCAGUGAAGCUGGAGUCCUCAGCUGCUGCCUUCUCUGAAUACAAUGAUGAUGCCUCUGUGGGGAAAGGAUUUAGCAGGAAAAGUAGGUUUGUUCCUGGUGCUUGUCAUCUUCAACUAUCUCCACCAACAGAUGUGCUUUUGAGUUCAGAGGAGAAAGCUAACUCUUUUCACCCACCAGAGGAAAUGAGUACUGACAAAGAAAUGACUCAAACUGAAGAGACGAAAGAAUUUUCUAAAUCUUCUAGUGAAAAAGACACAUUAUUACCUUCAUUUUGCCAGCUUCAAAGCCCUUUAUACUCCGAUACAGAUAAUUGCCAAAACUCUGUCCCAUUAGCUGAUCAAAUGCCACUGGGAUAUAUUAUUAUUAAUGAAAAUACAGCUGUGAGUGGAGACAGUUCUGAGUUACUAGGAAGUAAACUCACAGAUCUCAGUAUGUCUAAAGAUUGUCUAUCUUUGCAAGGUACCAGAGAAGAAAAUAUUAAGGAUAAGGAAGCACCCACAGUUGACAAUGAAAAUAAGAAUCAUGGUCUGGAGAUGUCCCCUUCAAAUCCUGAAGAAGAUAAAACAACUUUACAUAAAAAAUCAGAUGUACACAAAAGACCCUGUGAGCCCUUUGUACCCAUACUUAACAAAGAUGGCUCCACUGUUCUUCAGUGGCCAUCAGAAAUGCUGAUUUACACAUCUUCUCAACCAUCCAUUUCCUACAGCUGUAACCCUCUCUGUUUUGAUUUCAAAUCUACUAAAUCAAACAAUAAUCUAGAUAAAAAUAAGAUAUCCUUAAGUGAUCUUUAUUCUCAACAGAAAACAGAAGACAUUUACAGAAGAACAGUUUCAGAUUACAAAGAUUCAUCUCUUGUCGUAUCCUCUGAGUAUGAUACUGGAGUUGGUAAAAGUGAACACAUCCAAGUCACUCCUCUUCUGGUUAACGAUACUCUCUCCCACAGUUGUGAUUCUGGAAGAAAUGAGAAUACAGAUCAGAGACAUAGAUACAGGUCCUAUAGGAACAGAAAAACAAAAAAAUACUAUUUUACUAAAACUCAAAUAGAGCAGGACACCCUAGAUGAGAAAUACAAUAAAAUAAAGUUGAAGGAUACUUAUGGUGAAUGUUGGUUCCAUAAAAGUAGAAGAAAGAAAAAAAGAAGAAAGUUAUGUCAGCAUCAUUGUGGGGGUAAAACCAAAGAAUCACAAACUCACUUUAAAAUGGAAACAGAAAAUAGUUAUACUGAUACAGGUCAGAAAAAUUUAUUGGAAACAGUUUCAGAAAGGCAGUCUACAGUUACAGAACAAUUAAUAGAGUCACAUCAGUUGCCCGAGAAAACGCCCAAAUCAACAUCAACGUACAGCAGUGAGAAUGAAGAAAUGUGUAAGACCUUGAGCAUGCAACUCAAUGGCACUAUUAAUUACAAAAGCAACUGUAAGAAUAGCUCAUUUAUCUUAAACACACAAUCUAGUCCAACAGUGAUACGUUCUGGGAAACAUAACUUAACAUACUCCAGAACUUACUGCAGUUGGGAAGCCAAAAUGCCCACUUGCAGACCAGUCCACCGAUGCCUUGUUCUUCCAAAUGAUGUGAAAUGCCUGGGUCAGAAUCAAGCUGUUAAACGAGGUUAUAAUUCUAUGAUUACUGAAUCAGAAAGAGUACAUCAUAAACGCAGACAACAUUCAUAUUACUCUUCUUCGGAUGAAAGUUUAAAUCAGCAGAAUUAUUUCCCGGAAGAAUGUCUGAGGCCACCACAUGCUUCAGUUGCUCCCUAUAAGCCAAAAAGGAAAAAGAGGAGGAAAAAAAGCAGGUUCUACAACAGGCUUGAAGGGUUGGAUCUCAAACAGAGUACAGAUCAUUCUCUGAAAGGCAGGCACGCCUUGGGUCACCAAGAUGACUUUGUAAGUAAAGACAAAAAAGAGGAAGUAAAGCCACAAGAAAUUACAUCUGUGGAACGGGAUUCGCAGCAAACAGACCAAGUGGGAAACAAACUAAUUUCUCACCCCAGCAGUCCCCUGCCUUCAGAAACCAGUAGUGAAACAGCACAUGUAUUAAAGGGGACUGCUUCUAGUGAGUUGCCAGAGGUUCCCAGUGAACCGGCCACACCUGUCUGUGGAGCUAGUAUCCCAACAAAAGAAGAAAUUGGCAAUGCAUUGAACGAACACAAAGAGAGAAGUGAGAAUUUAGUUACUGGUGAAAAGCAAAUUCCUUUCAAGGUGCCUGCUAUUGAAAGAAGUGUUAGACAGUCGCAACCCAAGUCCUACAUUUACCAUUAUGAACUGACAGAAGCCCUUCCCCAAGGAAAGGCAAAUGAGUCAUCAGCAGAGUGGCUGAGUUUUAAUUCAGGAAUCCUCAGCACACAACCACCAUUACCAUUCAAAGAAGCACACGUGGGUGGCCAUACCUUUGUAACAACAGAACAAAUCCUGACCCCAUUGGCUUUGCCAGAACAAGCUUUAUUGAUCCCACUAGAAAAUCAUGACAAGUUCAAAAACCUAACACACGAGGUCUACCAGCACGUCCUACCACCGAACAUGCUAGCCAACAAGGUCAAAUUCGCCUUCCCUCCAGCUGCCCUCCCUGUCCCCACCACACCUCUGCAGACUUUGCCUUUUCAGCAGCCCUUACGCUCUACCUCGGUCACCACCAUCCAACACACGGUUUUGCAGCAGCACGCCUCUGCAGCAGUUGGGACAUUCAAAGUGCUUCAACCACACCAACAGUUUCUGUCCCAAGUUCCAGCUCUCACCAGAACAUCGUUACCUCAGAUCUCGGUAGGGCCAGUAGGACCGAGACUUUGCCCUGGGAAUCAGCCAACUUUUGUUCCUCCUCCUCCUCAUCCUCAGAUGCCAAUCAUCCCAGCUUCAGUCCUUCACCCAAGUCAUCUAGCUUUUCCACCUUUGCCUCAUGCGCUGUUUCCUUCACUGCUUUCCCCACACCCUACCGUCAUCCCCCUACAGCCCCUCUUCUAGUGAUCGCCAAGAAAGAGAACAUGUCCAUGUGAAAACGGUUACUGUAUGCAUACGCACUCAUUUGGAUACGUACUUGCCUCUUAACAUGGUGGAAAUGAACAGGCCAAAAUAUGGUCCUUCUAUAAAAUCAUGUGCUUUAAUGAUGCAAAUAAAUCAAGUUCCUGAUCUGUACUAUUAAGGCACUGAAUAGUUUGAAAACCAAUACAAUAUAUGCUGUAUAUUAAAAUAUUUAACAGUAUACAUAAUGUAUAUAACAUUUAUUUAUAGUACUAUAAUUUAUGUUGUAAAGUUAUGCUUUUUUUUAUCUUUGUGUAUUUGCACUUAAUGUUUAGACAAAGCUGAUGGCACUAUGUUUUGUACCAUGUUCCUUGAAACUGUAAAUUCAGUGAAUCUAUCUAUCUAUAUCUAUCUAUCUAUAUAUAUAAAUAUAUCUUGCAAUAAAUUUUUGUUAAGUACUUAAGUAAAUCAAACUUUUGUUCUUAGUUGGUUUUCACUGACUUGGAAAUGUGACCAAAUAGUAGGUUUGACUUAUGUUAUUUCUUCUAUCCAUUGACAUUUCUGAGUCUCAGAGGCCUGGCAAAUAAUUUUGUCAUCAUUGACAUCAUGAUGACUUCUUUCAGGAUAAUUAUAACAGGCCUGUUUAAUUUUCUGUCUGUUGCUUAUAAUCAGACUUUACUAUCUUUUCUGAACAGCUGACCCUAUAGAUAAUAAACCAAGGUAAUUCUUGCUAAUGUUAGCGUUUGUGUGGGGAAGUUCAUGUACAGUUCAUUGUAGACUUCCACAAAUUCUAAAACAAUACCGAUAGAGAAGAAAUUAUAAAUAAUGAAAUAAGGGUCUAAGAACAUUUUGUAUGCUACUUUUCGGAUUUAUUAUGCUUACUUGCAAUUGUUGCAGAAAAUAACAUAAAGAAUAAUGUUGAUAUACAUCAAGGAAUAGGUCAACUUCUAAAACACCUACUAUCUGACACCUUGGAAAUAACGGCAUAACUGCAUCUGUAUCUUCAUAUACUCUUAAUUGCGAAUUGGAAAGUGGUCAGA